AUGUCGCGAACCUACCAAAGCUACGAACACGCCGAUCCAACCAAAACUUCCCGAGGCGCAGUGGGUGGUGGCUCUUCAACUGGCGCCCCAGGCCUCCCAACAGGUCUUCGCGACACACGAUCCGAGUACGAUUCAUCCAAGGGCUACAAUCCUGCCACAGGAGCCAGUUACUCAAAAUCAUCAGCAGGCGGACCAACCCAGACCCGGCAGCGACCGCUCUCACCGUCCCCGUCUCGCAGUGAUGACCGGACGGCAAAGGAGGCGCCACUCCCGCACACGGCCAGUACGGCGCAGCGGGCGGAAAUGGAUGAUCGUUCGGCUUCUGGGUCUUGGGCUGCACGGGCUGGUGGAGGGUUUGGGGACAAAGUGAAAGGCGCUGCGGCGUCGGUUCAUGGAGCUGGAGAGUCAUUGCGUGGGGCGUUGAAUACGGCUGUUGAUCGGACAUUUGGGUCUAAUGAGGGUGCUGAAAGGAAUCGGGAGAUUGCGAAUAAGGGAGCGGAGGAGAUUCGGUCUGGCCGGUUUACGGAGAACAGGUAA